AUGAAAGCAACUCAGACGACAGUCCUCGGGAAGCGCAAAGCGACGACAAAUGAUGAAAACUUCGUUUUGCUCCUUAGCCCGUCACCAAGCACAUCUGCAUUACCCAGCACAUCUACGUUACCGUUUCCCGAACGGCUUGACUCAGACUCGUCUAGUAAACAAGCCUCAGAUACUAUUAGCGAUUUCAUUAUUAUCAACGGUAAACUGGUGCCGCACACCAAAAAGUGUUAUCGCUGUACGCACCUAGGAUGUGACAAAGCAUAUACCAAGCCCUCCCGUCUAGAAGAACACGAACGUACUCAUACAGGCCAGACACCGCACGCCCUUUGGCAUGCGAGAGGCCCGGCUGCGAGAAAAGAUUCUGGACGUCUCAACAUCUACAAGUUCAUCAUUCUUGGCAUGAUGGCGCCAAACCGUACAAGGUGGGAAACAUGCCUCGAGCUUGUCGUGCGAUAUGUGGUUGAAGCUUUUAAACCAGUGUACCGAGGAGAACUGCUCUGA